UAUAAUUUCUAUCUUAUCUAAUCAAAUGUCAUUGCAUAUCAGUACAUCGGUGACCUGAUGGUCCUUCCAUUCGAUGGAGUGACAUUCUUUCCGAAUACUUUGCACUCGUCCACAUUAUCACGAAUCAGCGGCCGACCCCUGAGACAUGCUCCAGACUGUAUUUCUGAAAAUCUACCAGACCGACUCCUUGGUGGCGUUCGGUCUUGGGGUCUGCAUGUUGUCUAGCUACUACGUUUUAUACGUGACGCUGUUCUCAAGUCUGCGGAACAUCCCAGGCCCACUCCUAGCACGACUCACACCGCUUCGAGCAAUAUAUCAGCGACUUCCAUCCCGAGUGAUCGAUGCCGCUCUUCACGACUUUAACACCUAUGGAGAUAUAUAUAUUUCCAAGCCUAAUACGAUCACAAUAUGCAACCCGCAAGAUGUGCGCACAGUACUAGGCUCGUCUAUUUUCCGCAAAAUCGAUAUGUAUCACGGUGUCCACGACCCGGCUCUAGCAAACAUCGUUACUUUCAGUGACCCAGCAAUGGCAAGUCGUCGUCGUCGUCAACUUGCCCCAUAUUUCACUAGUAGCUACCUACUCCGGAUGGAGUCAAUUAUUCUUCAAAAAGGCGCCAAAGCCAUUGGAUCGAAGUGGCACAGUCUCCUAGAUGGAAGGGAUACCGCGGUUGUGAACUACCGUAACGAUACUCAACUCGCGACUUUCUCGAUCAUGGCUACACUGGCGUUUGGAAGAUCUACAGGAGAUGAUAGCCUAGAGUCUGCUGACUCACGCAUCAUUGGGUGGAUUUCAUCAACUGCAGUAUAUGUCGGUCUACGGAUGAAUUUUCCACUGCUACUUAAAUUUCCCCUUUCUAUCCUUCUUCGUCCGUCGCUGACAGCCUACGCGGACUUUCUUGCAUACUCCGCAGAGAGUGUCAAACGGCGGAAGCAACUCCUCGAUAAACAAGUCUCGCCUGAGAAGCAUCAAGCCGAAGCAUUACAGGUCCCAGAAGACAUGCUGCAGGCAUUCAUCAAAGCGCAAGACCCGGAGUCGAAAAUCGUUAUGACCGCCAAAGAAGUCCAAGCUGAGAGCCUCGGCAUGCAGCUCGCCGGAAGCGAGACUACCGCUGCGGCACUGACAUGGGCACUACAUCUGUUCACACUAUACCCUCACUAUCGAGCGCGUGCUGAGACAGAAGUACGCUCGCGAUUCGCCAAGGGCCAUUUAAUCAGUUACACUGAAUGUCGAGUUCUUGAAUUUCUCGAGGCCUUCAUAUAUGAGAUGUUUCGCUACACUCCGAUAACAUCAGGGUUUAUGCCUCAGUUUGCGUCUACAGACGUCGUAUUGCAAGGGUACCUCGUUCCGGCGGGAACGCAUAUUGCCUUUAAUCUGAUUGCUUUAAACAAUCGAACUGAUGUUUGGGCUGAACCCAACAAGUUUCGACCAGAACGAUUUCUAGAAGACACAGAUAAGAAGAGAUAUGUCUUUGCAUUUUCAUAUGGAGUAAGGAACUGCUUGGGGAGGAAUCUUGCAUGGAUGGAAAUAUUGCCAAUCCUUGCUAACCUACUAAACGAAUUUGAUAUGGAAGGAAUUGGGAACGGUAGUGAAGCUUUUCGCCCGCACGGGAGGAGAGAUAAUGGGGAGCCUGCGUUAAUGCCGUCAAAGUGUCAUAUUGUUUUUGCUCCUAAGUAUCCGGAGAGAGACUGCCGUAUACUUAUAAGAAAG